CCAGUAGAGAAGUGCUUGGAAGUGUCAUACGACGUGGCCGACACGAAAUAUGGUGGUUCUGCUAAAACAAAGAUUAUUUUCUCAAAUAAUAGAAGUUUGUCAUUCUUUAAAAAAUCCAGGAGAAACGGAUUGUUUGAGUGUGUUCCGUUUUAAGGUUGUUUAACGAAUAUUAAAAAUAGUUUCUGGAGCCUUAUAAAGCAUCGACAUGGGGUUGUGCAAGUGUCCAAAGAAGCGGGUUACCAAUCAGUUUUGUUUUGAACACCGAGUCAAUGUUUGUGAACAUUGUCUGGUGAUGAACCACCCCAAAUGCGUUGUACAGUCUUAUUUACAAUGGCUUCAAGACAGCGAUUGCAAUCCUAUUUGUACUCUGUGUUCUGGAAGUUUAAGUGAAGGAGACUGUGUACGAUUGACUUGUUAUCAUGUUUACCAUUGGGCUUGUAUAGACACUUAUUGUAGAAAUUUACCAGCUAUAACCGCACCAGCAGGAUACACUUGCCCAACUUGUCAGGCUGGAAUAUUUCCAAAGGCAAAUUUAGUAUCUCCAGUAGCUGAUGUAUUGAGAGAAAAACUUGCAGGUGUGAACUGGGCCAGGGCUGGUCUUGGCCUACCUUUGCUAAGCGAAGAUAGAGAGCAAAGACCAGUACAGGAACGUAAGGUUCCAGUCUUAGAUGCUUCUCCAUAUCAAAAUCAUACGAACACUACGUCCUCUCCCACAGUAGCUACAUCUAGAGUAAAUAGCAAUAUUAAUUCUGCCAACACCAACACAAACAACAUACACUCCAAUAAUCAAAAACUGGGACCACCUUACUCCGUUGUCAAUGUUGAACCAUCGCUACCCCUGUUGGGUCAAACUCCACGAAAAAUCUUUGAAGCCUAUGACGACCCCAAAAACAUAACGUUCGACCACGACGAGAACAAAUAUCAAAGAAAAUCAGCUAUCGAGUGGUUUCUCAGAUGGUGGAAACUCAUCACCAGAUCUCAGUCCCGCAAAAGACACGUUUCCGGAUCUGCAUACAAAACGUACGCGAUGGUCGGUGUCGUGGUGCUUUUUGUUUUUAUCGGAAUCAUCAUUAUCUUUUCGUGGCUUGGCAGAAUGGCGACCGACGGCGAUCCUUCUUUUAAUCCUCUAUCAAAUCCAAACAUUUUUGUCGGCCGUGAUCCUGGGAAUUAACACGUUAUAAAUAUUUAACGUGAAUUUAUCGUCAAAGCCAUAUUCCAAACUUUUUUAAUCGUUGAAUAAGUUGUUAAUAGAAAAGACAACAAUAGUUGAUCAGACUACCAUCAAGAAUCAUUUCUACGAGGAUACGAUUGUUACGUAUGGACGUGAGAAGUGAUACGUUUGCGCAUGAUUUCCCAUUAUUUGGGCCAAGAAUUAGAAGCGGUUGUGCAAAUGAAUGAGAAGUAAACUCGAUCGGAGAUUUCGAUUAGAGAACGUACACGAAGACGUGUUACAGACUAUGAUAAGUUAAAAGUUUUAUUCAUUUUGAACCGCAAUACCAUAGAACGAAAACUGUACAUUGUGAUUCAAUUGUAAAGUCCCAUGAAUUUAUAAAAUAUAAUGAAGAGUAUAUAGACAAA